CCCUCGACCAGAUUCUUAACAUUUUGGCUAAACCUCGAUAUAUCCAAGGCUCUGAGUUGGACAGCAUGUUCCAGUCAUUAGCAAUGUGACGAUAUCCUUGCCGUUCACAAUGUCCAUGGGGCGCGUUGAUCAGACCUGCUUUCUUCAUAUCGAGCAAUAAUUCAACCAUACCUCAUUAGCACCACUUCCCAAGCUAUGGCUGCGAACAAUCAGGCAGUCCUUCUCAUAAAGGCCAUCUCUCGGCUUCUUGGUUGGAUUUACGUAUUCUCCUGGAGUGCAUCUUUCUAUCCCCAGCCCAUCCUCAAUUGGAAAAGACGCUCGACCCAGGGCUUUGGUAUCGACUUCCCGACACUGAAUAUUCUGGGAUUUGCUUGCUAUAGUAUCUCUACCUGCUUGUUUCUCUACUCUCCAACCAUUCGAAAACAAUAUGGGCAAAGACACCCACUGUCACCGGAGCCAACUGUGCGCUUCAACGACGCGGUCUUCGGCAUCCACGCCGUUAUUCUAGUCACCAUCACCUAUUCCCAGUUCUACCCCCAUAUUUGGGGUUUCAAGGCGUAUGGCGUCCGAGCCAGUCGGCCUGUAUUGGGUAUCUUUUGGGGGUGUAUCGUGGCGGUGGCGAUUGUUAUGGCAAUUGUAUUGAGCUCUAGCCAUACUAAUGUGAAUCGCGAGCCAGCGUGGGAAUGGGUUGACGUGCUUUAUACCCUUGGCUAUGUGAAGCUCGUCUGCACAUUUGUCAAAUACAUCCCGCAAGCAUGGAUGAAUUACCGACGCAAAUCUACCCAGGGGUGGAGCAUCUCCCAAAUACUCUUUGAUCUCGUCGGUGGAGUCCUUUCUCUUCUGCAACUCAUCAUAGAUGCCAGCUUCCAGGGUGAUUGGAGCGGAAUCACCGGUAAUCCCUUGAAAUUUGGACUUUCCAACAUUUCGAUCGCCUUUGAUCUCAUCUUCAUCACACAACACUACGUACUAUAUCGACACCAGGUUGACAAGUUGAUACAAGCAGAAGAUCAAGAGGAAGAGCCUCUGCUGAGUUCGUGAAGCCGAGCCUUGCAAAUGUAGGCAACCAGCUGUGCACAUAUUUUCUGCCGGCUUGCCUCUGUCAUUAUUGCAUGUCAUACUGAGAGUCGACAUUGGGGCAGCUACCGUCACAUGACCCCAGAUGAAGCAUUGAAAAGAAGAAGCGCGGGAUCUCCGGAUGACAUCGCCGUCUUGCCACAGAACCACGCAGCAAAUUUGAUCAUGGGAGCCACGCCAGUCGGAAAGAACUUCGCACUUGGUUUGGAUGAAGCAUAAUGGUGUGGCGAUUUCUGGCAGUUAAAGAGCUGCCAACAAGCUGAUCCGGUACGAUGUUGCGGAAAAAUUGGCUGGGUGCGAGACGGAUUUUGGAUAUGGAAUGCGAGCGAGUGAAGAACUGAUGUAACUCAUGAUGAGAACAUCAGUCGCAAUUUCUGCAAACGGUUAGAUUAAGGGUGUGAGAUUUCAGGGAUAGAACAAAGUCAUAGGCUAUAAGAGUAAAGGAAUCUCGUGCGACAUUGGUGUUGAAUCAAGCGUGGGAGGUUUGUUGAUUCAACAAUUC